AUGCCCGAGGAGGCAUGCACCGGUAAGUGUAAUUGGUUCUCACUGUGCUGGAGUAGUCCUGGAGGAGUCCUUUGCCUUGCAGAAACCGUUAGAGGUCAGCUAUAUUGACCUUUGGAGGCCUGUCAUGAUCAAUGCUGUUGAUUGCUAUUAACCUGCUCCACUGGGUACUAGUGCUGAAACACCUGGCCCUGUUGGAGGCCAACAGAUGCUUUAGACUUGCUGCUCGCUGAGGCAUUACUCAUGCCUGACCACACUCACUAUAUCUCAAGUAAUUUUGUUUGAGUUUAAAUUGAAGCCAUGUUUUAGUUUCAAUACUUAUGGGAAAGUUUGGAUAGCUGUUUCGUCGCUGCAGAAAUGUAUUGGUGUACAGUAUAGGGUGACAAUUGGGUGGAUCAUGAUUGAUGUUUCAAUUGAUUGAAACCAUGUUUUAGUUUUAAAUUCUUAUGGAAAAGUUUAGAUAGCUGUUCCACCACUGUAGAAAGUAUUGACGUACUGCACAGUAUAGGGUGACAAUUUUGGGUGAAUCAUGAUUGGUGUGAAGAUUGUCAAGCAUUGUUUGGUGGAAUGAUAGGUGAGUAGAUGAGAGGCAUUUUUAGGAAAAGGGAUACUGUAAGUAGGUAUUGUCUGGGAUAGGGGGAACAGAGAGAUAGAAGCAGGACGGUUAGGUUAACAGAGACUGACAGGCCUGUCUAUAAUUCAGCUCUGUGGUGUGUGGACGUGGCAGCAGGACCAUGGCAUGGGCGCUGUGACGUCGGGUUAGACACUAAACAAGUGGGGGUGGGCCCUGGACCCCCGUUCCCCUGGGGCUGCUCAGGCACUGUGCCAGAUGGGAGAUGGUAUGCCAGGGAGCCUCCCCACGGGAAACUGCCAGGGCCGCGUUUGUUCCGCUGACACCCAGCAUCUCAGCCCGACCUGGGCAAGCGUACAUUCCUCAAAGUGAUGGGUUUCAGUGGGGGCCUGGUGCUCUCUCACUCACGUACUCAAGACACACACACUCUCUUUCUUUCUCUCUCGCCUCGCGCUCUCUCUCUCUUUCUCUAUUCCACCCUCUCUCCCUUCUCCCUCGGUCUAGAACAUACUCUCUUUCUCUAGCUUCCUCUCUGUCCGUCUCGCUCCCCCUCUCUCUUUCUUUCUUCAUCUUCCUCCCGUAACUCCUGGUGAGGCGUGCAGGAUUCCUCCCCUGGUGAGGGGAUUAAGAGCCUGGUAGGCAUCAGGGAUUUGAUUGGUUAGGACCUGCUCUUGUUCCUAUUGGAUGGGCUUGAGCCAGUGCAGCAGUGGUGGGCUCUCAGAGCCAACAGGGGAUUGGACAGGACAGCAGUGGGCUCCACUGUGGUUGUGUAACUAACCUCAAAUCCAGGGAGGGACAUCCUUUAUCAAAUCAAAUCAAAUCAAAUUGUAUUGGCCACAUGCACCGAAUACAACAGGUGCAGACAUUACAGUGAAAUGCUUACUUACAGCCCUUAACCAACAGUGCAUUUCUUUUUAAUAAAAAAGUAGAUACGAGUUAGCAAGGGAAUUCCACUGGUUUUAGAGAACUUUAGAUUUUCACAGAUAGACAUUCCGUGCUCUCUCUAAGGGUUUUGAAUCUGUGAAAAGCUUCGACUUUUGGAGCGAAGCAUUGGAACUUAUAGAGGGUGGGAAAGUCAACAGCAGGCGACGCAGAGGAGCAAAUGUUUGUCACACGCUCCCGUUGCAUUUCCUUUAUAACACCUUUAUGUUGUUUACUCAGUAGAUUUAAUUUAGAAAUCAGGUAAUCCGGAGUUGUGAGGUCCGACCUGAGGAGCAUUUGUAUGUCAGUUUGUCACACUCUUUCUUCUGUCGUUUUCCACAGGUCCUGUGGCACCUGGACAUCUUUCGCCGGAGCUUCCGGCAGCUGACCACACACAAGUGCAUGGAGGACUCGUGUAUCUUCUGUGCCCUGAAGGUAAGAGGCUAGAUAUGUGGGUGGAGAUGAGAGGGAGGCCUGGGGGUGGAGAAGAGGUGGUUCACUUAUUAAUGAAUCCAGGUAAUGUCUACCAAAUAAUGCAGAUAGAGGAUGGUUAUUUUGGUAUUGGACUAUUGUAUUUUAUAUUCAACAGUAAAUCUUCGAUCAAAUACGUUAUUUUUCAAAUUACUUUUGUGAAUUUAGUUCUUAAGCAUGGCUGUGCCCCCUGAGAGCUGACCAUGACUUUGAAUGGGAGUUCUGGGAUGUGAAUAUUUGUUUCUUAACAUGUAAAUGUGGGGCGGCAGGUAGCUUAGUGGUUAAGAGCGUUGUGCCAGUAACCGAAAGGUCGCUGGUUCUAAUCCCCGAGCCGACUAGGUGAAAGAUCUGUCGAUGUGCCCUUGAGCAAGGCACUUAACCCUAAUUGCUCAUGUAAGUCGCUCUGGAUAAGAGCGUCUGCUAAAUGACUAAAAAUAAAAUAAAAAAAAUAAAUGGGAAGUAACUAAGUCAUCUCCCCUGGUGUGGACAGACAGUGGUUGGAUGUCUGGCCAGUGGUAAUGGAUUAUGUACCAUAGAUCUCUCUCUGAUCUGGACAGGCCGCUGAAUGUAGAUCAUUGGCUUUAGCCAGCUCCCCCCUCUCUCGCUCUCUCUCUCUGUUAUUUGCCAAAUUACUUCGGUCAUCGUUAUAAUCGUUCGAAUAGCAAAACCGGGCCACCCCUAGUGACCAAUGACCAUCUCUAUAUGUCUCAACAAGACCAUCUGUCUGUCUGUGUGAGUGUAUGUCUGUCUGUCUCUGUCUGUGUGAGUGUCUGUCUGUCUCUGUAAGUGUCUGUCUUUCUGUCUGUCUGUGUGAGGGUGGUCUUUCUAACUUUAGUCUUACUCUGUACCUGACUCUCUGCCAGGCAUUCCAAAUCCAUUUAUGAUUGUCUGUCUCUUUGCCUGUCUGGCAGAACUAGACUAGCUUUGCCACUAUGCUACUUCCAUUACACCACAAGACUCAUCCUGUGGGCCAGCAGGUUUGUUUUUCCUGGUUUGAGUCAUUGAUUCCAUCUUAAUGAAGAGGCAAGUUUCACACACACCAGAGGAGACAGUCGAGGUAAAUGCCUUUUGAGUGGCUGUAGGAUGGCACUCCACACACUCAGCCGUGUGCGGUUUUUACCCCCAAAUGCAGAUUUAAUGGACACUUGUGGAACUGAGUGGUGUGAUGAGCUGCGAUGCAUUAGGGCUGCAUGGCCCAUCGGAGGGGUUUGAUGGUGACAUUUGAAGACAUGUCUGAUUCCUCUGUUUCCACACGGUCUGCGUGGCAGGCAUGGCUUAGAGCAGCUGGAUCUGGCCAGCCGGCAGGACUUGAGAGUGAAAGAGCCCUGUGGUUUUAACGAGGCCAUCCUUAUAGCUACCGACUGACUAGGUCUGGUCCUUUUGACUGUGACAGGUUAGCUGAUUUCACAGUAGUGUCUACCUCAGAGUCCUAGUCAGGAGUAAGUGUACUUCUGUUGCUCCCGCUGCACUUUCUCUCUCUCUUUCACUACAUCUCUCUCUCUCUCUGCUCUUUCCCCUUUCCUCCAUCUUCCUCUCCCUCCCGUCUUUCUCCCUCCUUCUCUCUUUCUCUCCCUUGAUGUAUCAGCCUUAUCAGAAUUCACCAGGGCUCAUUUGAAGGGUCGAUUACAGGGCAUUUCUGCCAGGCAUUUAAUUUGAGUAGAAUUAUAAGGCUAUGAUCAUUUAUCCUUUCCCCACCUCCUUCUCUGCCUCUCCUGUUCUCUCUCUCUCUCACCUCACCCACCUCUUUUCUUCUUCUUCUCUCUUCCUUAUGCAAGACAAGUUGAGGUGCAGUGGCAGGGCAGACGUGUGUGUGCGCGUGUUUGUGUGCCUGCAUUUACACUUUAGUCAUUUAGCAGACGCUCUUAUCCAGAGCGACUUACAGUUAGUGAGUGCAUACAUUAUUUUUUUAUUUUAUUUUUCAUACUGGCCCCCCGUGGGAAUCGAACCCACAACCCUGGCGUUGCAAACGCCAUGCUCUACCAACUGAGCUACAUCCCUGCCGGCCAUUCCCUCCCCUACCCUACCCUGGACGACACUGGGCCAAUUGUGCGCCGCCCCAUGGGUCUCCCGGUCGCGGCCGGCUACGACAGAGCCUGGAUUGGAAGCAGGAUCUCUAGUGGCACAGCUACCACUGCGAUGCAGUGCCUUAGACCACUGCACCACUCGGGAGGUGUGUGUGUGUGUGUGUGUGUGUGUGUGUGUGUGUGUGUGUGUGUGUGUGUGUGUGUGUGUGUGUGUGUGUGUGUGUGUGUGUGUGUGUGUGUGUGUGUGUGUGUGUGUGUGUGUGUGUGUGUGUGUGUGUGUGUGUGUGUGUGUGUGUGUGUGCGCGCGUGUGUGUGCGCGUGCGUGCGUGUUGAGGUGCUCACCUGGAAUGCAUUUCAAUUAACAGGUGUGCCUUCUUAAAAGUUCAUUUCUGGAAAUUCUUUCCUUCUUAGUGCGUUUCAGACAAUCACUUGUGUUGAGGCUGGUAACUCUAAUAAACUUAUCCUCUGCAGCAGAGGUAACUCUGGAUCUUCCAUUCCUGUGGUGGUCCACAUGAGAGCCAGUUUUAUCAUAGCGCUUCAUGCUUUUUGCGACUGCACUUGAAGAAACUUUCAAAGUUCUUGACAUUUUCUGUAUUGACUGACCUUCAUGUCUUAAAGUAAUGAUGGACUGUUGUUUCUCUUUGCUUACUUGAGCUGUUCUUGCCAUAAUAUGGACUUGGUCUUUUACCAAAUACGGCUAACUUCUGUAUACCCCCCCCCCCCCCCCCCCCCCCCCCACCUUGUCACAACACAACUGAUUGGCUCAAACGCAUUAAGAAGGCACACCUGUUAAUUGAAAUACAUUCCAGGUGACCACCUCAUGAAGCUGGUUGAGAGAAUGCCAAGAGUGUGCAAAGCUGUUAUCAAUGCAAAGGGUUGCGAUUUGAAGAAUCUCACAUAUAAAAUAUAUUUUGAUUUCUUUAACACUUUUUUGGUUACAACUCAGGUGUCUAUACUUCGACAGCAAAGUUAGAUAAGACGGAAGAUUAUGAAGUAGGGCCUUGUUAACAAAAAGGAAGUAAUGUAGAGAUCUACAGGUCUUUAGCGAAGUCUAGCCAACCUUUGAGUAUCAAAACUGUCACCUGUAACAAAACGACUUGCACAAUGGUAGAUGGCAUCCAAAGGUUUAAGAGUAGUAGCAGCUGCACUUUGAUAAAUAAUAUCACCAUAAUUAAGAACAGAUAAAAAGGUUGACUGAAUAAUCUGCUUCCUACUGCUUAGAGAAAGGCACGAUCUGUUUCUGUUGAAAAAGCCAAUUUUAAAUCUUAGCUUCUUAACCGGCUCAUCUAUAUGUUUUUUAAACGUCAAAUCCAUAUCAAUCCAAAUGCCUAAGUAUUUAUAUGCGGAAACACGUUCGAUAAGAGAAUCAUGUAAUGAGUGAACAUGUAGUUCAUCUGAAACAUUCUUACGGAAGUUUAAAAACAACAUGUAUUUCAUUUUAAUCGUAUUAAGCACAAGUUUUAAAUCAGUGAGGUAUUCCUGCAAUAGCUAUAAAAUCUGACUGUAGUUUUGACACAGCCAGAUCAGCAGUCAGGGCGAUAGCAUACAUAAUAGUAUAAAGAUGAAGUGUAAAUAUUUUAACAGAUUGACCAAUGGUGUUUAUAUAAAUAGUGAAGAGAACAGGUCCCAAACAGGUCCCAAAAUUAUAAGGGUCCAUCUGCUCUCAGUAAGUCUAUGUUGUGUUAAGAGAUGUCUUUCACCUGAACAUGUCAUGCCCUAGUAGAGGGGUUCCCAAACUUUUUCACUCAGGCCCCCCUUCCAGCAUUGGGGAACAUCCCGCGCACUCCCCUGCAUGCACGAGCCACGUCUAUUUCUAUGGGCACAAGCACUGUUCAUGACACAAACUGUUCACACCCCUUGCAAUUUUAAAGCUCAUUUUCUUGCAAUUCUAUACAUUUUGCCAUGUCUAAAGUGUGUUCAUGUGAUAUUUGAGUGACUCAAACAUUACAACAAAAUCUAUGAGCUAAAAAACAUUAGCUGACAUGGGCUAGUUGAUCUGGACAUUUCUGACAAAUGAUAAAUAGCUCUCUAAGGUAUGCAAUGACUGACAUGACAAGAGGAUUCUACUAGUGCAUUCUAAUAUAACAACUUUUCAACAAUAUAUACUGAACAAAAAUAUAAACGCAACAUGCAAUAAUUUCAUUUGAUUUUACUGAGUUACAGUUCAUAUGAGGAAAUCAGUCAAUUGAAAUGAAUUCAUUAGGCCCUAAUCUAUGGAUAUCACAUGACUGGGAAUACAGAUAUGCAUCUGUUGGUCACAGAUACCUUUAAAAAAAAAACGGGCCACACAAUGGGCCUCAGGAUCUCGUCACGGUAUUUUUGUGCAUUCAAAUUGCCAUCGAUAAAAUGCAAUUGUGUUCGUUGUCUGUAGCUUAUGCCUGCCCAUACCAUAACCCCACCGCCACCAUGGGGCACUCUGUUCACAACAUUGACAUCAGCAAACCGCACAGCCACACGACGCAAUACAUGUGGGCUGCGUUUGUGAGCCGGUUGGACGUACUGCCAAAUUGGAGGCGGCUUAUUGUAGAUAAAUGAACAUGUAGCCAAGUUGUAUCUAUCAUCGUAUGCUAUCUAUUCAUGUUUUUUGUAUAUUCUGUUUAUCUGUGAAUUAACCAAUGAUAUCAGGCCACACCCGGCCAUGAUUACAGACACCUGUGUGUGUCCUUUGACACUAUAUAAACUAGUGACCCGCAGUGUUUGUCACUAUACCCUGAUGAAGACAGCUUGUCUGUCGAAACGUUGGUUAUUAGGUUAUUAAAUUAUUGCAUCUGAGCUCCUAGAGUGUGCGGCUCUCCUUUUCUUUUUUAAGUUUUACUCCGUUAGCCAGUACCUUGCCUAAAUAGGUGUGCGUUUCUUUCGCCUCCAGAUAAAUGAACAUUCAAUUAUCUGGCAACAGCUCUGGUGGACAUUCCUGCAGUCAGCAUGCCAGCAUGCACGCUCCCUAAAAACUUGAGACAUCUGUGGCAUUGUGUUGUGUGACAAAACUGUACAUUUUAGAGUGGCCUUUUAUUGUCCCCAGCAUAAGGUGCACCUGUGUAAUGAUCAUGCUGUUUAAUCAGAUUUGUGAUAUGCCACAACUGUCAGGUGGAUGUAUUAUCUUGGCAAAGGAGAAAUGUUCACUAACAGGGGUGUAAACAAAUUUGUGGCCAAAAUUUUAUAUUUUAUUUCAAGCUCAUGAAACAUAGGACCAACACUUUAGAUAAUUUGCAAAUAAAUUCAUUAAAAAUCCUACAAUGUGAUUUUCUGGAAAAAAAAAUCUCAAUUUGUCUGUCAUAGUUGAUGUGUACCUAUGAUGAAAAUUACAGGCCUCUCUCAUCUUUUUAAGUGGGAGAACUUGCACAAUUGGUGGCUGACUAAAUGCUUUUUUCCCCCACUGUAUGUCUAACAGUAUGGCCAGCUGUGAUUAAGUGUUAGGGUUAGAAGGUGAACUGUGGGAGAUGGUGUUGUCUUGGCGAUAAAGGUGUUAUUUUCGUCAGCCUACGUAGUUUGCUACCGUCAUGCCAAGAGGUUGCCAAGAUAACCUUGGAAAUACUGAUUAACGCUAUACCUAUUAUACACUGUAGGAAAUUAGUGUUCACUUGAUAUAAAGGACUUGAACCACUCUGUUGCGGUCAAAAUGUGUGAACCCUGCUAACUUGAUAUGAAGGACUUGUACAAUCAGUUAAUAUUUUCUGUUGAGUCCAUUCCUGUUUUUCCAGAGAGUGUUACAGUGUUAUUGACCCAGCUGUGUUAUUGUGUCUCUUGUUGUUUCUAGAGUAUCUUUGCUCAGUUCCAGUUCAGCAGUGAGAAGGUGCUGCCAUCUGAUGUGCUCCGCAGCGCCCUGGCCAAGACCUUCCAGGACGAACAGCGCUUCCAGCUGGGCAUCAUGGACGACGCUGCAGAGUGCUUCGUAAGAGACAACCCUCCCUCACUCCUCCACUUUUUCCUACUUUACCCCCUCACUCUCUCCGCUCCCUUAUUCCUCCAUGACUUACCUCAUCCCUCACUUCUCCUUCAUUCUUACACUUCUGCUUUCUCUCUUCUAAUACACCUGCAUGCUUAGCAAACAGAACAGAGCUAAGAGAUCCGCUAAAAAGUGAUCUCAUAACAAAAUGCUCCAUGUUAAAACCAGACUUUUGCAGUAUUAUAACAUUUACAAAACAAUGGCAGGGACACUAUUUACUUUGUGAGAACAAAGGAAAAGUGUGGGAAGUUUUUUCUCUCUGGGAUGUUGCAAUGCAGAGCUGUCUACAGGGCCUUUCCCUGGUCCCAUUGACAUGAAGCAGAGUCCACCCAGCCUCUACCACACUACCACAAAGGAAUAAACGAGUUAAGAGUCAUUUAUUUAUUUCCCCCAUUUUAUAAGCAACACAGCUAGGCAGCCAGCCAGAGGAUUGUUCCCUACCCUAUACCCUCUCUGGGCCUAUUCUCUCCUCUCUACCUCUCUCUCCACCUCUCUUUAUGUUCUGCUGACAACCGGGAACAUACGGUAUUAUUCGGGAUAUCUGGCUGCGGCUGCAUUCCGGAGGCGGUGGGAUGGUGGGCUGAGGCAGAUGCUAAGUGUACAUUGGAACCUCCCCCAGGAGACCCUCUCUCUGCAGUGCUACAGAAAUCUGCUGCGAUCCCACCGCUCAGAGGGGUCCUGCCUGCAGUUAGAGUGAUAAAUCACCCAGUAAAUUAGCCCAGUAUGGCCAACCAGAGCCUCUGUGUGUUUUGUAGUGCAGCACCUUGCUGCUUCACUGAAUUUAAAACAAUAAUCCAUUCAAAAACAUAUAUUUUUUUAUUAGUCCACUGUUGAAACAGUCCAAAAAUGUUUUGCAUGUCAGCGAUCAAGUUUUCAAGAUAUAGGACUUGUUGUAACUAGUUGUAACUUGCUACAUCAUCAUAAUGAUGAUUGUGCAUCAAAUUACAUUUACAUUUUAGUCAUUUAGCAGACGCUCUUAUCCAGAGCGACUUACAGGAACAAUUAGGGUUAAGUGCCUUGCUCAAGGGCAAAUGAUGCAUUUUGCAUCAUCAUGAUGAUGUGGCAAGUUACAAUUUGCUUUUUGAAAGUCCUAUAUCUUGAAAACAUGAUUGCUGACGUGCAAAACAUUUUGAGACUGUAUCAACAGUGGACUAAUGAUUUUUUUUUUUAAGUGGAUAGAAGUUUUCUCAAGAUUUUGUCAAGAGGAUAUUUUCUUUGUGUGUUGGUUUUGUCAUGAUGUAGUAAUGUGAUUAAGUAAAAACAUAUGUGGGCAAGCACAUACACACUUUCUUACACACACAAACACAAACAGGGAUAAAGCUAACAUGACUGUCUUUACCUGUUGCCCUCACAGGAGAACAUCCUAAUGCGGAUUCACUUCCACAUCUCAGACGAGACCAAAGAGGACAUCUGCACAGCCAAGCACUGCAUCCCACACCAGAAGUUUGCCAUGACGCUCUUCGAACAGGUGAGCACAAACACAAGCCUCAGUACAAACACAAGCCUCAUUAACUUAUUUAUAUUAUCAGUCAAUCCAUUUUCUUUUCAUCUCAGAAUUGAUCCCCCCAUCCAUUCCUAUGUCAUUAACUGAAGUAAAGCCAGCUGUGCUUAUCUUAGUCGUGUAACUCUGUGUUUGCAGUGUGUGUGCAGCAGCUGUGGGGCCUCCUCUGACCCACUGCCCUUCAUUCAGAUGGUGCACUACAUCUCCACCACCUCCCUCUGGUGAGUAACCCUUUGACUGGGGAAACAGCAUUGGGCUGACUGGUUCUGCCUAGUUCUGACUGGUUCUGACUAAUGUUCUGACUGGUUCAGAAUAGUUCUGAUGGGUUCUGACUAGUGUUGUGACUGGUACUGACUGGUUCUGACUAAUGUUCUGACUGGUUCACACUAGUUCUAAAGGGGGUUCCUUCUGACCGGUUCUGACAAGUUCUGACUAGGUGACUAACACCAUACAUAGGGGCAAAUUUCAUACACAAGUGACAAUUGAUGGGCACUACUCUCCAUUUGAAUUAUGCUCCAUUCACUCCACAAACAGAUGAUAGAAUGAAAAGCUUUUCCGGUCUCUUUUCCACUGAGCAGAGCAAAAAAUCAAUGCUCCUUCGGCCUAGAGACCGUGAUUUACACCAUGGCGACCGAACAUGCAUUCUCUCUCUUCCUCUAAAGAGAAGUAACAUUACAUUUACAUUUUAGUCAUUUAGCAGACGCUCUUAUCCAGAGCGACUUACAGUUUAGCGAAUAGAUCUUUUUUAUUUUUUAUUAUUAUUUAUUUAUUUUAUACUGGCCCCCCGUGGGAAUCAAACCCACAACCCUGGCGUUGCAAACGCCAUGCUCUAUCAACUGAGCUACAUCCCUGCCGGCCAUUCCCUCCCCUACCCUGGACGACGCUGGGCCAAUUGUGCGCCGCCCCAUGGGUCUCCCGGUCGCGGCCGGCUGCGACAGAGCCUGGAUUCGAACCAGGAUCUCUGGUGGCACAGUUAACACUGCGAUGCAGUGCCUUAGACCACUGCGCCACUCGGGUCUAAGGCACCCGCCAGGUUAGAAAUCAGGUCACCUAGGAAUGGGUAAUAGCUUUCUUCAUCAUGGCAUUAUGACCUGUCUGCAAAACCUCUCUGGGCUGUGGGAGGAAGAGAGGAAGGAGGGAUGAUUCAUCUGCAUCCCUCCGUUAGGCUGCAGACUAGCUGUAGUGAGCCAGGGGCUGCAUGCCUGCCUGUGUCUCCAGCUGUGGCGAUGUCUGCAGCAAAGCCCUCAGGAGAGCCCCGCAUCAUCUCAGUCUCUUCUUCUCCCUCCAUCUGUUGUAUUGCUGCUGCUGUAGCAGCCAGCCAAUCAGCCCAGAGUGCUUGUUAUCUUAUGAGCAAACUUCUUAUGUAAAAGUGAUGAAAUGUCUACAUUAAUAUUCCAAGUGAUUAGUCUGUUAUGUGUACUGUGUCGGCUCUAUCUAAUUCUUCAACGCUGUUUGGCCCUGUUAUGAGCCCAACAUCAACACCAGCCUCUCUCUCUUUGUCUUAGAGACACCCCCCCACCCCCCCACCCCCCACACACACACACGCACCAACUCACCCCUAACCCUCAGAGGAGUAUGUUGUAUCCUGACAAUGUUUUAUUUGCCAAUAACAGGCCUCUCUCCUGCACCAGAGCACAGAGCAAAGCUACAGUAUAACCCUGGAGUGUCUUUGAGGUGUGCACCUCUAUAGGUGGAGAGAGCUCCAGAGAGAUCUGGAGAGAAUGGGAACGGAACAAAGAGUCACCUUGUAGACAAACGACUGGUCUAACGCCCUGCAGUCACAUGAUCAGUAGCACCAGUGUUAAGGCUGUAGCUGUAGUGUUCUCUAUUUUAGUAGGAUGUUUUUAUCUAAAAGUGACUUACAUUUAACACAGUCUGUAGGGGAGAAUGGGGUAAGCCAUUUUUUACAUUCAGCAUCACUACGUCAAGUGUGAUGUAGUGUUCUUUCUAACAAAGAUAUCUACUUAUAUUUGAGCCGCCUUGGGGUAAGUGGGUGAUGGUGUCCUGUGACAGGGGUUGAUGGUGCUGGUAGGUCAAAGUUAAAUUCAUGGAAUGGGGGUGUGAUAUAUUGUAUAUCUUAAAUGUAUGCCAACAUUCAGAUAUACAUGUAGAUCUCUCUGUUCAAUAUCACUUACCCUUCAAUUUCUCAACCAGUUGUCUGGGACAGGGAUGUUGUUUCAACUGAAGCUAUUAAGCCCAUGAAACUGGGCCGCAAAAUUCUUGAUAUGUUUAGCAAGCUCAGACUCCAUGUCAUCAGAUAAGACAUUGUGUGCCUCUGCUACAAUACCAUAGCCUCUCUUUCUCACAGGUUCAUGUUCAUUUUCUUUUUUUGUCAAUAUACAGUGCAUUCGGAAAGUUUUCAGACCCCUUCACUUUUUCCACAUUUUGUUACGUUACAGCCUUAUUCUAAAAUGGAUUAAAUAAAUACAAAUCCUCAUCAAUCUACACACAAUACCCCAUAAUGACAAAAUGAAAACAGGUUUUUAGAAAACAAUACAGAAAUACCUUAUUUACAUAAGUAUUCAGACCCUUUGCUAUGAGACUCGAAACAGCUUAGGUGCAUCCUGUUUCCAUUCAUCAUCCUUGAGAUGUUUCUACAACUUGAUUGGAGUCCACCUGUGGUAAAUUCAAUUGAUUGGACAUGAUUUGGAAAGGCACACACCUGUCUAUAUAAGGUCCCACAGUUGACAGUGCAUGUCAGAGCAAAAACCAAGCCAUGAGGUCGAAGGAAUUGUCCGUAGAGCUCCGAGACAAGAUUGUGUCAAGGCACAGAUCUGGAGAAGGGUACCAACAAAUGUCUGCAGCAUUGAAGGUCCCCAAGAACACAGUGGCCUCCAUCAAUGUUAAAUGGAAGAAGUUUGGAACCACCAAGACUCUUCCAAGAAGUGGCCGCCCGGCCAAACUGAGCAAUCGGGGGAGAAGGGCCUUGGUCAGGGAGGUGACCAAGAACCCAAUGGUCACUCUGACAGAGCUCCAGAGUUCCUCUGUGGAGAUGGGAGAACAUGAAUACUUAUGUAAAUAAGGUAUUUCUGUGUUUUAUUUUAAAUACGAAAAACCUGUUUUUGCUUUGUUAUUAUUAUUAUUAUUAUAUAUUUUUUUUUAUUUCACCUUUAUUUAACCAAGUAAGCCAGGGUAUUGUGUGUAGAUCGAUGAGGGGGGAAAAAACAAUUUAAUCAAUUUUAGAAUAAGGCUGUAACGUAACAAAAUGUGGAAAAUGUCAAGGGGUCUGAAUACUUUCCGAAUGCACUGUACCUCUUCAGUGUCAUUUGGUCAAUUAUUUCAUCCCUUGCUGCUGCUCGAAUGCACUUAUUCCCUUCUCUCACUUCCUUGGCUGUUCUCUCAAGAACGUCAAGGGGGGCUAGACCCCUGCUUGUUUUAUGUUUGUAUACACAGGGCAUGAUGAUGUCUGCUCUGUAACAAUAAAAAUGCACUAUCUUGAGUUCAAGACAUAUUGCAAAAAUAUGUAAUCAUCAUUUGUAUGGGGUAUGGCGGCCAUUGGCUCAACUUACUCCAAGGCAAACAUUUAGACUAUAUUAGCCCACACAGCUACAAGGAUGCACUUUCCGUGCUAUGUUUAGAACCUCGUAUUGUAGCUUAUAGAGACCCCAACUGAUGUAUAAAACAAUAUUAAAACUAUCAACUUUGGUUUAGAUACAAGCAUCAUGAAACCAAUAACACAAUGCAUUCAUUUGACUUUGUGAAAAUCAGUUUUUUGGACCUAACUUGCUUGCCACUUUUUUCAUGUGUUUUUUUCCUUCAAAGACUCCAUGAAAUGAUGACCUCUUCCUAAAUAUUUAGUCACAUUAUUAAGUUUGUGUAUGGUUUCCUAGAAACAAGGGUGGCUCAACUAACCUUUUUUGGCUCAACUUACCCCACUCUCCCCUACAGUAUUUGACCUAAACUGGGAUAUGCUUAACACCCCGGCCAUCCUACAAUCUAAACUAGAUGCCCUCAAUCUCACACAAAUUAUCAAGGAACCUACCAGGUACAACCCUAAAUCCGUAAACAUGGGCACCCUCAUAGAUAUCAUCCUGACUAAUUUACCCUCUAAAUACACCUCCGCUGUCUUCAACCAGGAUCUCAGCGAUCACUGCCUCAUUGCCUGUGUCCGUAAUGGGUCCGCGGUCAAACGACCACCCCUCAUCACUGUCAAACGCUCUCUAAAACACUUUAGUGAGCAGGCCUUUCUAAUUGACCUAGCCCGGGUAUCCUGGAUGGAUAUUGACCUCAUUCCAUUAGUAAAGGAUGCCUGGUUGUUCUUUAAAAGUGCUUUCCUCUCCAUCUUAAAUAAGCAUGCCCCAUUCAAAAAAUUCAGAACUAAGAACAGAUAUAGCCCCUGGUUCACCCCAGACUUGACUGCCCUUGACCAGCACAAAAACAUCCUGUGGCGUACUGCAUUAGCAUCGAACAGCCCCCGCGAUAUGCAACUUUUCAGGGAAGUCAGGAACCAAUAUACACUAUCAGUUAGGAAAGCAAAGGCUAGCUUUUUCAAACAGAAAUGUGCAUCCUGUAGCACUAACUCCAAAAGGUUUUGGGACACUGUAAAGUCCAUGGAGAAUAAGAGCACCUCCUCCCAGCUACCCACUGCACUGAGGCUAGGAAACACUGUCACCACCGAUAAAUCUACGAUAAUCGAGAAUUUCAAUAAGCAUUUUGCUACGGCUGGCCAUGCUUUCCACCUGGCUACCCCUACCCUGGCCACCAGCUCUGCACCCUCCGCUGCAACUUGCCCAUCGGCUUCCUAUUUCGCAACAAAGCCUCUUUCACUCAUGCUGCCAAACAUGCUGACUAUCCUACCGAUCCUUGACUUUGGUGAUGUCAUUUACAAAAUAGCCUCCAACACUCUACUCAGCAAAUUGGAUGUAGUCUAUCACAGUGCCAUACAUUUGUCACCAAAGCCCCUAUACUACCCACCAUUGUGACCUCUACACUAUCGUUGGUUGGCCCUCACUACAUAUUUGUCACCAAACCCACUGGCUCCAGGUCAUCUAUAAAUCACUGCUAGGCAAAUCCCUGCCUUAUCUUAGCUCAUUGGUCACCAUAACAACACCCACCCGCAGUAUGCGUUCCAGCAGGUAUAUCUCACUGGUCAUCCCCAAAGCCAACACCUCCUUUGGCCGCCAUUCCUUCCAGUUCUCUGCUGCCAAUGACUGGAACGAACUGCAAAAAUCUCUGAAGCUGGAGACUCUUAUCUCCCUCACUAACUUUAAGCAUCAGUUGUCAGAGCAGCUUACCGAUCACUGCACCUGUACACAGCCCAUCUGUAAUUAGCCCACCCAACAACCUCAUCCCCAUAUUGUUAUUUAUUUUGCUAAUUUGUACCCCAGUAUCUCUAUUUGCACAUCAUCUUUUGCACAUCUAUCCCUCCAGUGUUAAUACUAAAUUGUAAUUAUUUUGCACAAUGUCCUAUUUAUUGCCUUACUUUCAUAACUUACUACAUUUGCACACACUGGAUAUAGAUUUUCUAUUGUGUUUUUGACUGUACGUUUUGUUUAUCCCAUAUGUAACUCUGUGUUGUUGUUGUUUUUAUCGCACUGCUUUGCUUUAUCUUGGCUGGUUAAAUAAAGGUGAAAUAAAAUAAAUACAAAUUGUGGCCCACAGAUCACACCCACAACCCUGGUGUUGCAAGGUCUAGAUGUCUGAGUGUGUGUUGUCUCAUACUGUAGAUGUCUGAGUGUGUGUUGUCUCAUACUGUAGAUGUCUGAGUGUGUGUUGUCUCAUACUGUAGAUGUCUGAGUGUGUGUUGUCUCAUACUGUAUAUGUCUGAGUGUGUGUUGUCUCAUACUGUAGAUGUCUGAGUGUGUGUUGUCUCAUACUGUAUAUGUCUGAGUGUGUGUUGUCUCAUACUGUAUAUGUCUGAGUGUGUGUUGUCUCAUACUGUAUAUGUCUGAGUGUGUGUUGUCUCAUACUGUAUAUGUCUGAGUGUGUGUUGUCUCAUACUGUAGAUGUCUGAGUGUGUGUUGUCUCAUACUGUAAUGUCUGAGUGUGUGUUGUCUCAUACUGUAUAUGUCUGAGUGUGUGUUGUCUCAUACUGUAUAUGUCUGAGUGUGUGUUGUCUCAUACUGUAGAUGUCUGAGUGUGUGUUGUCUCAUACUGUAGAUGUCUGAGUGUGUGUUGUCUCAUACUGUAGAUGUCUGAGUGUGUGUUGUCUCAUACUGUAUAUGUCUGAGUGUGUGUUGUCUCAUACUGUAGAUGUCUGAGUGUGUGUUGUCUCAUACUGUAGAUGUCUGAGUGUGUGUUGUCUCAUACUGUAUAUGUCUGAGUGUGUGUUGUCUCAUACUGUAGAUGUCUGAGUGUGUGUUGUCUCAUACUGUAUAUGUCUGAGUGUGUGUUGUCUCAUACUGUAGAUGUCUGAGUGUGUGUUGUCUCAUACUGUAGAUGUCUGAGUGUGUGUUGUCUCAUACUGUAGAUGUCUGAGUGUGUGUUGUCUCAUACUGUAUAUGUCUGAGUGUGUGUUGUCUCAUACUGUAUAUGUCUGAGUGUGUGUUGUCUCAUACUGUAGAUGUCUGAGUGUGUGUUGUCUCAUACUGUAGAUGUCUUGAGUGUGUGUUGUCUCAUACUGUAUAUGUCUGAGUGUGUGUUGUCUCAUACUGUAGAUGUCUGAGUGUGUGUUGUCUCAUACUGUAUAUGUCUGAGUGUGUGUUGUCUCAUACUGUAGAUGUCUGAGUGUGUGUUGUCUCAUACUGUAGAUGUCUGAGUGUGUGUUGUCUCAUACUGUAGAUGUCUGAGUGUGUGUUGUCUCAUACUGUAUAUGUCUGAGUGUGUGUUGUCUCAUACUGUAUAUGUCUGAGUGUGUGUUGUCUCAUACUGUAUAUGUCUGAGUGUGUGUUGUCUCAUACUGUAUAUGUCAGAGUGUGUGUUGUCUCAUACUGUAGAUGUCUGAGUGUGUGUUGUCUCAUACUGUAGAUGUCUGAGUGUGUGUUGUCUCAUACUGUAGAUGUCUGAGUGUGUGUUGUCUCAUACUGUAUAUGUCUGAGUGUGUGUUGUCUCAUACUGUAUAUGUCUGAGUGUGUGUUGUCUCAUACUGUAUAUGUCUGAGUGUGUGUUGUCUCAUACUGUAGAUGUCUGAGUGUGUGUUGUCUCAUACUGUAUAUGUCUGAGUGUGUGUUGUCUCAUACUGUAGAUGUCUGAGUGUGUGUUGUCUCAUACUGUAUAUGUCUGAGUGUGUGUUGUCUCAUACUGUAGAUGUCUGAGUGUGUGUUGUCUCAUACUGUAGAUGUCUGAGUGUGUGUUGUCUCAUACUGUAGAUGUCUGAGUGUGUGUUGUCUCAUACUGUAGAUGUCUGAGUGUGUGUUGUCCUCAUACUGUAGAUGUCUGAGUGUGUGUUGUCUCAUACUGUAGAUGUCUGAGUGUGUGUUGUCUCAUACUGUAGAUGUCUGAGUGUGUGUUGUCUCAUACUGUAGAUGUCUGAGUGUGUGUUGUCUCAUACUGUAGAUGUCUGAGUGUGUGUUGUCUCAUACUGUAGAUGUCUGAGUGUGUGUUGUCUCAUACUGUAGAUGUCUGAGUGUGUGUUGUCUCAUACUGUAGAUGUCUGAGUGUGUGUUGUCUCAUACUGUAGAUGUCUGAGUGUGUGUUGUCUCAUACUGUAGAUGUCUGAGUGUGUGUUGUCUCAUACUGUAGAUGUCUGAGUGUGUGUUGUCUCAUACUGUAGAUGUCUGAGUGUGUGUUGUCUCAUACUGUAGAUGUCUGAGUGUGUGUUGUCUCAUACUGUAGAUGUCUGAGUGUGUGUUGUCUCAUACUGUAGAUGUCUGAGUGUGUGUUGUCUCAUACUGUAGAUGUCUGAGUGUGUGUUGUCUCAUACUGUAGAUGUCUGAGUGUGUGUGUUCUGUUUAUUCUCUGUGUUACAGUAACCAGGCAGUGAGGAUGCUGGAGUGUAGAGACAAGCCCACACCAGACAUGUUUGGAGAGCUGCUCCGCAACGCCAGCACUAUAGGAGACCUACGCAACUGUCCGGUGAGUUAGUGUACAAGCACACUUUACCACACCUUACCAUAAAUUUACAUUAUUGUCAUUUAGCAGACGCUCUUAUCCAGAGCAACUUACAAUUAGUGCAUUCAUCUUUGAAGAGGUAGAGUUUCAGAAGUUUUCGGAAGAUGAGCAGGGACUCCGCUGUCAUGCUGUUAGGGGAAAGCUUGUUCCACACCAUAUACCAUAUUACAACUGUGAUAGCCACUAUAUUCCACUAUAUUACAGCCACUAUAUAUAUUACAUUCACACCAGAAAAAUUCUUACUUAUGAUGGUGAAAAAAGAUAAAAUAUGAAUGUCUUGUUGCAGGAUUCUUUAGUCAAGAAAUAUAUAAUGACUCUCACACUUGCGUGUACACACACACACACACACAAUCUAACUCAGAGGCUUGUGUUUAGUGUGGGCGGACUGGUUCAGAGGGACUUCAUGUCAUCACAUGGGCAGUAAACACUAUUCUGAGGUCAGCCAAGCUCACCACGGUCCUCAGUGCUUCGACUAACUGAACUGAAAGGACCAGGGUGGAUCAACAUGAGCAGCUCAAAGUAUUAGCGUUUUAAAAUGUAAACCAUAUGAAAUCUCCCAGUCAAACAUGACUCUUAUAAUUCUGAUAUUCCCUCCCAGCUUUAUCUUAUCAAACAUUAAAGCCUCUAGUCUCUCUAAUGGUAAACUCUAGAGUCUACAUAAUUAUAACGAGCUGCCCCAGUAUUGUACAAUUACAGGCAUUUUUCAGAAAUAUGUUAGUAUAGGCUGACUUUGAGGCUUCUCCCGCUGAUCUGUGUGUGAGAAACCCCAGUGCUCGCUUGUGCUGUGAGAAAGUCUCCUCUGUUUAUGUCAAAUAUGGCGCGUGCACAAUCGUUGCCCUUCAGGGGGCCUGCCGCCUGCUUGUUUCCAGCCUAACUUCUGGGAAACACACAAAAGAGGAGGGAAUUUUGCCCCUCUCCGGCAAAGCAGGUCAAGAUGGCAGGUGCAUGUGGUGACAUGCGUCCUUCUCCCACGCAAACACACACAUACAAACAAACACACACACACUGUACCGCUUUGGCCAAAAUCAGCUCUAUGAAAGGAGUCCUGUGGUAACCUUCUCUUAAGGACCGCCACAUGCUGCUGGGCCCAGUGUGUGGGUAGAGUGUAUGUAUAAAGGAAGGCUGUCUCUCUGUAAUGGGCAUAGAAGUGACACUUGAAUUGGGGGUUGUCAUUGGCCUACAGCCAGCUGACCUUUUCAGAUAGCUCACUGUGAGGGGUGCCCUGAAUUGAACCAUCGUCAACACUGAAUUAGCUAAAUGGAUAAAGAUCACUGUCAACUUAGUACGUAAUGAGUCAUGGUAGACUUUGUUUGAGGAUUUUUUAGUUUGUUCGAGGAUUUUGUGUAGAUAUUUGUGAUUUAUUAUGCUCAAUUUAUGUCUCAUUUUUGGCCCCCUCCUUCACUCCCCCCUUCUGUCUCUUCCACUCCAUCUCUUGCCCCCUACCUUUCUUCUCCCCCCUCCUCUUCACGCGCCCUCUUCUUCCCUCUCUCUCUUUCUCUCUCUCUCUCUCUCUCUCUCUCUCUCCUAUCUCUCUCUCUCUCUCUCCUCUCUCUCUCUCUCUCUCUCUCUCUCUCCUCUCUCUCUCUCUCUCCUCUCUCUCUCUCUCUCUCUCUCUCUCUCUCUCUCUACCUCAGAGUAACUGUGGGGAGAAGCUGCGUAUCCGUCGGGUACUGAUGAACUCUCCAGAGAUUAUCACCAUAGGUCUGGUGUGGGACUCUGACCACUCAGACCUGGCAGAGGACGUCAUCCACAGCCUGGGCACCUGCCUGCGCCUGGGGGAUGUAAGACGCACGCACACUCACUCUUACAGUUUUCUUCAGAUGAUGCCACAAAGUUAUGCUAUACUGGGUUGUGUGUGCUGUAAUGUUUCUAGCCACCGACACCAGAGUGCAUAAAAAGCAUUCUGAUGUCUCUAUACUCUAUACUAUGACACAACACACACAGUCAGGCACCAUCUCCCAUCUCCCUCGCUAAUGAAUUGUUCAUGGUGUUUACCUGCUGUAAAAGCGAGCUAACCUUUGAGAACCUCUGGAGCUUUUCUGAAGUGGUACGUCUGUGAGUUGUGUUGUGAUCUGAUACCAAUAUUCCUGAUGUCUGUUUGGGUAACCUGGGCCUUGGUUAAUGUAAAUAUAUGACAGGUAAAAUGAAUGAUGGAUUACUUACUGUAAGGUCCAGAUUUCUUCCUGACCAUAUGACUUGACCAGGAGGAAAACAUAUUAUUUAGAUAUACAGUAUUGCAGUACAGUGUAUUUUUCAUUUCCCUAUGGGGCUGAACAUGAGUCUUCUCCCCUGUCCCCCUCAGCUCUUCUACAGGGUGACAGAUGAUAAGGCCAAGCAGGCAGAGCUCUACCUGGUGGGCAUGGUGUGUUACUACGGCAAGCACUAUUCCACCUUCUUCUUCCAGACCAAGAUACGCAAGUGGAUGUACUUUGACGACGCACAUGUCAAAGAGGUAAAAAACGAAUAAAAAAUCCAUCUGGGUGAAUGGUUACAGAAGAUGCCCUUAUCCACCGAUGUAGGAUGGGAUUCCUUUACCCCUAAUCCUAACCAAAACCAUUAACCAUUUGUUUUUACUGUGUAGUUUCUGUGUUUUAUUCUUCCUCUGGUAUGUUUGUAGUUGAAAAUCAUACAAGCUAUGUUUUGGCUAUACAGUGCUCCUCACUUGGGUGAUGUUACUGUGAGAUGAACAUGAGCCAUACAAGUGUUUUUGGAAUCCUCUCAGAUGUGAAUCCUCCACUUUACAGCUUAUUGUCUUUGUCUCUGUCUCUCUCUCCAGUUGCUGUGUCAAGAUGGAGAGGAUAUGAAUCUUUUAACAGCGAAAUACCUGAUGUUUUCUUUCAUUGCUAAACAGAGGCCUGGCCCAUCGGCUCUAUUCAAAGCCCUCUCUCUCUCUAUGUUUGUCGCUAAUUUCACCCCAGUUCCAUUAGUUUACAUUAUUCGCCCGCUUGUUGACUCACUGGCGAGCUGGGGUUGUUUUUGAUCUAUUUUUUAUCGAUGACACUGGCGGUGUUGUCAUCACAGCCCAAGGAGGGAUAGUUGUCAUAGGAAUAGUUUAGUUUACUUUAUUAACCUUCAGCGGAUAUUCACGCCAGACAACAUUUACAUCAAAAACAACAAUCAACAUGUAUGUACAAUUAUUCAUGGAGAGACACAUGUAACCUGCCAGUCUUUAUCAUGGACAAUGAGAGGUCUGCAGAGUUUCUGAGGACGCCAAAGCCUGUCACAUGAGGUCAUCUGGAUGAACUCUGAUUGGUGGUUCACACUGCGGCAGUGUUGUGACCAGUCAUGGGUGUGAGUUCUGAUUGGCUUCUCCUGCAGUUCCAGGUCAGGUCCCCUCUCUCAGUGUGACGAGGUGUGUGAGCAUUGAGCAGAGGCGUUAGUUAGUUAGUUCCACAUGCCUGGCCUGCUGGCCCAGCUGUGGCGUGUCUCUCGUCCCCUCUCCUGGGGGGCGGGGGGGAAAUGACACACAGCUCUGUGGGCACCGAGCCCUCUCUCUCCCACUGCUCUGGCUCACUCCAAUCCUUUCUCCCGUCUUUCUUUUCCUCUCUCUCCCGCUCUACUGACCUUCUCCCUUCGUUCUCCUCCUCCCCUCCCUGUUCUCUCCUUCUCCCCUCUCUGUAUCCUCUUCCGCUCCUUCUCCCCCUGCUCUGUACUCCUCCUUCCUCCCCCCUCUUUCUCUUCCCUCUCCUGCUUCUCACCUUCUCCGUUCUCCCCCCUCUCCAUUCUCAUCCUCCUCUCUCUUCUCGCCUUCUCCCUCCUUCUCUACUUCUCCCUCUCCUUCUCCCUUCUCCCUCCUUUCUCCCCUCUCUUCUCUCCCUUCGUACUCUCUUCUCCCCCUCUCCCUUCUCUCCCUUCUGCCCCCUUCUCCUUUCCUCUCCUUCUCUCCUCCUCCCCUCUCUGUUCUCUCUCCUUCCUCUCCUUUUCUCUCCUCUCCUACUCUCGUCCUCUCCUUCUCUCCCUUCUCUCCCUUCCUCCCCUCUCCUUCUCCCUCUCCCCUCUCUCCCCUUCUCCCCUCUCCGUUCCUCCUCCCUCUCCCUCUCUUCUCUCUCCCUUCUAUCCCCUUCUCUCACCUCUCCCCCUCGUCCCUUCCCUCCCUUCUCCCUUCUCCCCUCUCCGUUCUCUCCCUUCUCCCUUCUCCCCUCUCCGUCUCUCUCUUCUCUCCCUAUCCAUGGCUUAGUCACAUCAAUCUUCCCUUUCCCCUCUGUUUCCUAUCGUUUGUACCUCUCUCCCUUCUACUUUCUCCCCUCUCCGUUCUCUCUCCUCUCUCCUAUCAUGGCUUUAGUCACAUAAAUGUAUGUGCUGUACUUUCACUCCUGGACAGUUGCUUACAAAGCAGCUUUUCUCUCUCUCUCUCUCGCUCUCUCUCUCUAUCUCUAUCGCUCUCUCUCUCUCUCUGUAAAGCCAGCACGUGAGCCAGUGAGGGUUUGGACAAAAGUGACCUGAAAACAAGGAUAUCCCUCCAUUGUUUAUCUGGCCAGCUGGACAGGAGGGCGUGGCCAAUAGAGAGCUAGAGCACAGCAGCCAACUCUGUAGACCCACACACACAUUUGCGCUUUCAAACACAUAUACUUUGCUGAUACGGUAGGGCUAUCGGGACUUCCUGUCACAGAUUCCUGUGCUGAGCGAGGGCAGAGCGUUUGGAAAACCAGGUCGGGGUAAGAGGGGUUGGAAAAUGGCCUCUCUGGCGCUUACAAAGUCAGUUAAUGUUACCCAGUAGCUAUUGUACUGUACAUUUUUACUCAUUUAGCAGACACUCUUAUCCAGAGCGACUUACAGUUAGUGAGUGCAUACAUUUUCAUACUGGCCCCCUGUGGGAAUCGAACCCACAACGCUGGCGUUGCAAGCGCCAUGCUCUACCAACUGAGCUACAGGGGACUCCGUGGUCUUCGCUCUGUGUGUAGUUUUCUGGAUGUCUCUCUUUUUUACUCUUUCCUAACAGUUUGAGAUUCACAUCAGGGAUGGGCUGAAUACUCCCAUCUAACCACCUUUUUUGAGUUCCCUGGAAAGUAGUGACAUAGUUUCCUCUCUUCCUGGCAGAUCGGGCCCAAGUGGAAGGACGUGGUGUCUCGGUGCAUCAAGGGCCACUACCAGCCCCUGCUACUGCUCUACGCUGACCCCCGAGGGACGCCCGUGUCAGUGCAGGACCUGCCCUCCCGCCUGGACCUGCACCACUUCAACAGGUCCUACUACGACAGCGAGGAUUCAGGUACGAGACGCCUCGCAUCACACAAGAUCACUGCUACACACACAGGAAGGCUGUUGCAUACCACAUCUGGGUUCAAAAAGUAUUUGUUUUCUUUCAAAUGGAACUAAUGAAAUAGUCCCAAAAGUGCAAAACCCGCCCAUAUGGUACUCCAGGCAGCUAAAAGUAUUUAAAGGAAAACAAAUGCAAUUAAACACCAUGUAUUUCUCCUUCUUGAAAACAUUUGUUUACUGCUCUCUGUACUGUACUGAUUAAGUUCUGGCUUGUGUGUUCUCAUUAUUAUCUCUGAUGGCUGUCUGUGUCUAUUCCACUGUCAUGCUGUUGUGCUUGUCUUCAGGUCGGGAGCCGUCCAUCUCCAGUGACACGCGCACCGACUCGUCGACAGACAGUUACUCCUACAAGCACUCACACUCCCACCAUGAGUCCAUGGCCAGCCACUUCUCCUCCGAAUCCCAGGGAACCAUCAUCUGUAACCCAAACAACGACCCAGCCUCCCACAGCAGCCUGGAGACCACAGGUAGGAGGAGGAGGAAUUCAGCAGUAGCAUGCACACACACACACACAGACAGGGUAUAUAUAUAUGCACACACAAACAUACAUAUGGUCUGUAGCUCACUCAAACACACACAUACACACACACACAGAGAGAGUAUACUCCCAAGCCUAUACACCAGAGGAGGCUGGUAGGAAGAGCUAUAGGAGGAUGGACUCAUUGUAAAGACUGGAAUGGAAUAAUUGGAACGGUAUCAAACACAUGGAAACCACAUUCCAUUGAAUCCAUUCCAGCCAUUACAAUGAGCUCGUUCUCCUAUAGCUCUUCCCACCAGCCUCCUCUGAUAUACACAGACUAAACUGUAUAUUCAUUAAUGCUUUUACCUUGAAUGUAUGCACACAUGCAACUACUUAGGAUUAAGCAUGUAAUGCUCACCCAAACAUACUCAAGACAGAUUUGUGUGUACUGUACAGAGGAUUAAAGCCACAUCCAUUACCCAAUCAUGUUGAUCAUGGAUUAUGUGUCAUCAUGUCACGCAUGUCAUAACCAUGUAAACGAUCAUAAAAAAUGUCCUCCCUCGCUUCUCGUUGUUGCUAAGGCCAAGUGACGGACAUUGGGCCAGUGCAGUGCCACUCUCUGAGGAAAGGCGGGACAGUGGACAGGAAGGGCGGGGCCAGUGACAGGAAGCGGAGCUCUAGUCGUCCGCGGCGACUUGAGGAGAGGAGUCGGGGCUCUAAGACCGACGAAGCCUCGUCGGCAGGCUACCACAGCGAGGGUACGCAGGAACCAAUCACACGGCCGAGCCAAGAGACUAGGGACCAAUCACAUGGCAGAGCCAGGGGACAAGUGACCUAUGACAGAAGGGCAUGAUGACUGUAUCUAGCAACUUAGAGCUCAUCAGAAUCUGUGCCUCUAGUCUUUCGCAGGUAGUUCAUAGUAUUUUGGUUUUACAUAUUUAACAAAAAGAUCAGGUACAGGUACAGGAGUAGGGUAUCUUGUAGUAUACUGUAAUCUGUGUGUCCUUAACAUUUUUCUCUUGUUCUGUCCAGUUAGCCGUUAUCACCAAAGUUGUCACUCACGUUGCACUUUCAUCCUAUUAUUUUCUCGCUUUCUCCGCCGCUCCCCAUCAACACAUGACAUCACACCACUAAUGUAUUUAUCUCCCACUCUCUGUCUGUCUCCCUCCAUCUCCCUCCUCUUCUCUCUCCUGUCUCCCUGGCUUCUAGGUGAGACUCUAAAGGAGCAACAGGCACCUCGCACCGCACCCAAGUCCUCCUCCUCCAGUCGACUGAGGGAUUUCAAGGAGACCAUGAGCAACAUCAUCCACAGUCGCCCUCUCUCCGCCUCCUCCUCGGGCUCCGGGGCCCUAGGGGGUCUAGGGGCCGAGCCAGGGGCCACCACCAAGGCCAGAGACUGGGAGGCCGACAGCACCAGCAGUGAGUCCAAGUCCAGCUCCUCCGGGGGACGAUACAGACCGGCCUGGAGGCCCCGGAGAGAGGCCCUCAAUAUAGACAGUAUCUUCAGCAGGGAGAGACGCAGACAGGCUGGGUAUAGUCCCCUAGGGGCCACUCUGCCUGAAGACAGUGGGGCCCCAGCCGAGGGCCCCACAGGGUCAGUCACUGGACAAGGACAGGGGCCCUUUGGUAAUAUGGCCUCCUCCUGGACCCUGCCAACCACCAGGGGCCAUAACAUGGAGCAGCAGCCCCCCAGGCUCAUCCAGAGGAUGGAGAGCGGCUAUGAGAGCAGCGAGAGGAACAGUAACAGUCCUGUUAGCCUGGACAUACCUCUCAGUGAGGGACCCAAUACUGCUAAUGCACAUAGGUACAGUAGAGUAUAUACAUACUGCUAGGAAAGAUUCCGGAUGAUAGUAACUCACAUAUCUGAAAAGGGUAGACUCACACAGACUGAUAGCUACAUGAUGAACUGUGUAUUGUAUGACUGACUUCUCUGUCUGUCUCUCUCAGGGACAUCGGUCUGAAGAUGCCUUCCAGCUCCAGCUCAGGUCCAUCAUGGCGCACCGUGCCCAAGUCUAAAAGCAGCAGUGCUCUCCUGCAGGACGUCAAGGCUUCAUGCAGGGGCAACAGCCACGUAAGCCUGGGUAGGUCUGAGUCCAUCCGUGUGUGUGUGUGUUUCCCACAAUGUGUGUGGGAAAGUGUAUUUUUAUGUGGGAUUGUGACUGUUUUGGGGUGCAUUCGGAAAGUAUUCAGACCCCUUCCCUUUUUCCACAUUUUGUUACAUUACAGCCUUGUUCUAAAAUUGAUUACAUGAUUUUUUUCCCCUCAUCAAUCUACAAACAACAGGUUUUUAGAAAUGUUAGCAAAUUUAAUACUAAAAAAAAACAGAAAUACCUUAUUUACAUAAGUAUUCAGACCCUUUGCUAUGAGACUCGAAAUUGAGCUCAGGUGCAUCCUGUUUCCAAUGAUCUUCCAUUGAGAUGUUUGAUUGGAGUCCACCUGUGAUUGGAGUCCACCUGUGGUAAAUUCAAUUGACUGGACAUGAUUUGGAAAGGCACACACCUGUCUAUAUAAGGUCCCACAGUUGACAGUGCAUGUCAGAGCAAAAACCAAACCAUGAGGUCGGAGGAAUUGUCCUUAGAGCUCCGAGACGGGAUUGUGUCGAGGCACAGAUCUGGGGAAGGGUACCAAAACAUUUCUGCAGCGUUGAAGAUCUCCAAGAAAACAGUGGCCUCCAUCAUUCUUAAAUGGAAGAAGUUUGUAACCACCAAGACUCUUCCUAGAGCUGGCCGCCCGGCCAAACUGAGCAAUCGGGGGAGAAGGGCCUUGGUCAGCGAGGUGACCAAGAAUCCGAUGGUCACCUGAGUCUCCUGAGUGGGGCAGUGGUCUAAGGCGCUGCAUCGCAGUGCUAACUGUGCCACUAGAGAUCAUGGUUCGAAUCCAGGCUCUGUCACAGCCGGCCGCGACCGGGAGACUCAUGGGCGGGGCACAAUUGGCCCAGCGUCGUCCAGUGUAGGGGAGGGAAUGGCCGGCAGGGAUGUAGCUCAGUUGAUAGAGCAUGGCGUUUGCAACGCCAGGGUUGUGGGUUCGAUUCCCACGGGGGGGCCAGUAAAAAAAAAUAUAUAUAUACAGUGGGGAAAGAAAGUAUUUAGUCAGCCACCAAUUGUGCAAGUUCUCCCACUUAAAAAGAUGAGAGGGGUCUGUAAUUUUCAUCAUAGGUACACGUCAACUAUGAUAGACAAAAUGAGAAAAAUAAUUCCAGAAAAUCACAUUGUAGGAUUUUUAAUUUAAAAAAAUUAAAUUAUGGUGGAAAAUAACUAUUUGGUCACCUACAAACAAGCAAGAUUUCUGGCUCUCACAGACCUGUAACUUCUUCUUUAAGAGGCUCCUCUGUCCUCCACUCGUUACCUGUAUUAAUGGCACCUGUUUGAACUUGUUAUCAGUAUAAAAGACACCUGUCCACAACCUCAAACAGUCACACUCCAAACUCCACUAUGGCCAAGACCAAAGAGCUGUCAAAGGACACCAGAAACAAAAUUGUAGACCUGCACCAGGCUGGGAAGACUGAAUAUGCAACAGGUAAGCAGCUUGGUUUGAAGAAAUCAACUGUGAGAGCAAUUAUUAGGAAAUGGAAGACAUACAAGACCACUGAUAAUCUCCCUCGAUCUGGGGCUCCACGCAAGAUCUCACCCCGUGGGGUCAAAAUGAUCACAAGAACGGUGAGCAAAAAUCCCAGAACCACACGGGGGGACCUAGUGAAUGACCUGCAGAGAGCUGGGACCAAAGUAACAAAGCCUACCAUCAGUAACACACUACGCCGCCAGGGACUCAAAUCCUGCAGUGCCAGACGUGUCCCCCUGCUUAAGCCAGUACAUGUCCAGGCCCGUCUGAAGUUUGCUAGAGUGCAUUUGGAUGAUCCAGAAGAGGAUUGGGAGAAUGUCAUAUGGUCAGAUGAAACCAAAAUAGAACUUAUUGGUAAAAACUCAACUCGUCGUGUUUGGAGGACAAAGAAUGCUGAGUUGCAUCCAAAAAACACCAUACCUACUGUGAAGCAUGGGGGUGGAAACAUCAUGCUUUGGGGCUGUUUUUCUGCAAAGGGACCAGGACGACUGAUCCGUGUAAAGGAAAGAAUGAAUGGGGCCAUGUAUCGUGAGAUUUUGAGUGAAAACCUCCUUCCAUCAGCAAGGGCAUUGAAGAUGAAACGUGGCUGGGUCUUUCAGCAUGACAAUGAUCCCAAACACACCGCCCGGGCAACGAAGGAGUGGCUUCGUAAGAAGCAUUUCAAGGUCCUGGAGUGGCCUAGCCAGUCUCCAGAUCUCAACCCCAUAGAAAAUCUUUGGAGGGAGUUGAAAGUCUGUGUUGCCCAGCGACAGCCCCAAAACAUCACUGCUCUAGAGGAGAUCUGCAUGGAGGAAUGGGCCAAAAUACCAGCAACAGUGUGUGAAAACCUUGUGAAGACUUAGAGAAAACGUUUGACCUGUGUCAUUGCCAACAAAGGGUAUAUAACAAAGUAUUGAGAAACUUUUGUUAUUGACCAAAUACUUAUUUUCCACCAUAAUUUGCAAAUAAAUUCAUUAAAAAUUCUACAAUGUGAUUUUCUGGAUUUCUUUUCCUCAUUUUGUCUGUCAUAGUUGACGUGUACCUAUGAUGAAAAUUACAGGCCUCUCUCAUCUUUUUAAGUGGGAGAACUUGCACAAUUGGUGGCUGACUAAAUACUUUUUUUCCCCACUGUAUAUAAAAAAAAAAAAAAAAAAAAAAAAUACAUAAAAAAAAAAAAAAUAUGUAUUCACUAACUGUAAGUCGCUCUGGAUAAGAGCGUCUGCUAAAUGACUAAAAUGUAAAUGUAAAUGUCACUCUGACAGAGCUCCAGAGUUCCUCUGUGGAGAUGGGAGAACCUUCCAGAAAGAAAACCAUCUCUGCAUUACUCCACCAAUCAGGCCUUUAUGGUAGAGUGGCCAGACGGAAGCCACUCCUCAGUAAAAGGCACAUGACAACCCAUUUGGAGUUUGUCAAAAGGCACCUAAAGGACUCCGAUCAUGAGAAACAAAAUUCUCUGGUCUGAUGAAACCAAGAUUGAACUCUUUGGCCUGAAUGCCAAGCGUCACGUCUGGAGGAAACCUGGCACCAUCGCUACGGUGAAGCGUGACAGCAGCAUCAUGCUGUGGGGAUGUUUUUCAGCGGCAGGGACUGGGAGACUAGUCAGGAUCGAGGGAAAGAUGAAUGGAGCAAAGUACAGAGAGAUCCUUGAUGAUAACCUGCUCCAGAGCGCUCAAGACCUCAGACUGGGGCAAAGGUUCACCUUCCAACAGGACAACGACCCUAAGCACACAGCCAAGACAAUGCAGGAGUGGCUUCGGGACAAGUCUCUGAGUGGCCCAGCCAGAGCCCGGAUUUGAACCCGAUCGAACAUCUCUGGAGAGACCUGACAAUAGCUGUGCAGCGACGCUCCCCAUCCAACCUGACAGAGCUUGAGAGGAUCUGCAGAGAAGAAUAGGAGAAACUCCCAAAAUACAGGUGUGCCAAGCUUGUAGCAUCAUACCCAAGAAGACUCGAGGCUGUAAUCGCUUCCAAAGGCUCUUCAACAAAGUACUGAGUAAAGGGUCUGAAUACUUAUGUAAAUGUAAUAUUUCCGCUUUUAUUUUUUUAAAUAAAUUUGCUAACAUUUCUAAAAACCUGUUUUUGCUUUGUCAUUAUGGGGUAUUGUGUGUAGAUUGAUGACGGGAAAAAAACGAUAUAAUCCAUUUUAGAAUAAGGCUGUAACGUUACAAAAUGUGGAAAAAGUAAAGGGGUCUGAAUACUUUCCGAAUGCACUGUAUUUACAUUGUGAACUCUGAGCAGAUGGUUUAUUUUAAUUCAUCGCUGUAUCUCUGUUUGCUCAAAGUGUGAUGUCACUCCUCACACCUCUUCCCCCUGCCUUGUCUUAUAAUGCUAUUGAACAGGGAACAUUAUAGAAAGCUACGAUAUUAACGUGUGUGUGUGUGUCACACAGCAGGAGAAGGCCACAGCGAGCUGGACGAGCUGCAGGAGGAGGUGGCCAGGCGAGCGAGGGAGCAGGAGUUACAGAGGAGGAAGGAGAAGGAGAAAGAGGCCGCCAUGGGCUUCAACCCCAGACCCAGCAAGUUCAUGGACCUGGACGAGCUACAGAACCAGGGUAAGGCCCCAGACCAGACACAGCCCCAACCUGGUGCUCAGCUAGAGGAAUUCCACUCUGAAGCUCAUGAGUAACAGGCUUGGUGACCCAUGUAGUACAGCAUGUGGAAACCAGAAGAGAACAGGGUCAGGGUUCUGUAUCAGUUGUUCUGUGGAGGCAGCCCUGUCCCACACUGCCUGGGUGUGUGUGUGUGUGUGUGUGUGUGUGUGUGUGUGUGUGUGUGUGUGUGUGUGUGUGUGUGUGUGUGUGUGUGUGUGUGUGUGUGUGUGUGUGUGUGUGUGUGUGUGUGUGUGUGUGUGUGUGUGUGUGUGUGUCUUUAUGUAGCAGGUGUCUGAGUGCUCCAUGUUUAAAGCACCCGGAGUGAGCUGCGUAGUGGGACUGCUGUUGUCCAACAAAAAAGAGCAUUGUUCUCCCACCAACACAAUUGGAAGUUUCCUCAUUCAGAGGGUUAGAAUGUGUGGCCGGCCAGUGGCCCAGUCACAGUGUAAAAGGAUUAAAAAGCCUAUUUGAAUGUUCGCUGCGUUUGUAGUGGAGAGAAAUCGGAUGAACUAGUGGGGCUUGUAACAGUAUUCACUCAUUUAGGUCAUGCGAGCCUGCUGCGAUUCUGAAGUCAACAAUAAGUCCUUAAUCUUCAAAGGGUUGCAAAGACAUAUCAUUAACUCAACCCCCCACAGUGUACCUUUUUUUUGUUUUAAAUAGCUUUUUGGGAUUGUUUAAAGAGCUUUGCUUUUGGUGUGGGUGUGCAUAUCUGUGUUUCUUAGGCAAAGGGGACGGCUAUGAGAGGUGUGUGUCGGACGCUGAGCUACUGCUAGAACAGUCUCUGCGACUGGAGCAGACUGGCGAGGUGGCUGCCGCUCUGUCUGUGGUUAACAAAGCUGUAUGUAAGUAGCCCUAACCUGCCUCCCUGUGCCUGCUGCCAGCCCAGCCGACCCACUAUAACACUAUACCACCACAUACCUAUCUACCUGUGUGUCUGUCUAUGUGUGUCUCAGUUGGUUUCACCUGUGGGGGUAUAGUGUCCUAUAUGACAAAGACCUACUUCCAGGCCACAGAGUCACUUGGUUUGAACCAGUCAUAUGACUAUCUAUAACAAAAAGGUUAAAGAUAUCCUCCAGGGAUUUUUGAACUUUUACUGUUGAAAAGCGAUAUGCCAAGUAUAAAUACAGUAAAGUACACACACUAAUAAUAAUAAUAAUAUAAUAAUAUGCCAUUUAGCAGACGCUUUUAUCCAAAGCGACUUACAGUCAUGUGUGCAUACAUUUUUACGUAUGGGUGGUCCCGGGGAUCGAACCCACUACCCUGGCGUUACAAGCGCCAUGCUCUACCAAUUGAGCUACAGAGGACCACACUAAGGGUAGACACAACUACAAAGUUCAAGGAGUAGGGCAUUCAAGGAGUUGGUCUGAUUAGAAGUUGUGAUUUCAUCGGCCUCCCCCUUUGCUUGAGGAGCAAUAGAGAACAAAAGAGGGAAGUCCACCCCCUACUUGUGCUAUGUCAUGACUUACCUGGACCACCUAUUGAGAUGUCCCUUUUUUUAAGUAAAUGAGGUGUUAAAUGAGGUGAAAAUGAGACUGGAGUGCUACUUUAUGGUAUUGCCAGAAUACUUGCUGCAAUGCGUGUGCAACACGGUGCUCUAUCGUCUCCUAGCGAUAGUUUGUUGCAAAACCCUUUAGUGCCCGCAACUAUAGCUCUUCUUUUAUCCAAAUAUUUGGACAUUUGUGCUUUCUGUUCAGUCAGACUUACAAUAAGAGUCCUGAACCUAAAAUAACCCCCCACAAACAUGAGCAGGAGCAGUCUUGAAUGAGUAAUGACUAGGGGAAGGGACAAUUUGGUCUGUCUAAACAUAAGUUUGGGACGGCUGAUAAGGCCAGCAGCCCUCUGCCUACCAACUGUCUCUGUCUGAUGAUAAUGAAACGAGGCGAGUCGCCGGGGUGUUUACCCAUCACCGUGGUUACUAGCCUGCCUGGCAGCGCAGAGAGGGAGGGGUCAGGGGGUGGAAGGGGGUAUGGGAACCCAUCGCUAUGACAACCAAGUCUUCCCAAGGACAAUGUGGCCUGGGUCUGUUAUGUCAACAUGGCAGUGAGUCUGUUGUUAGUGUGGUGUGUGUCUCUCUGUCUGUGUUUGUCCUCGUUUCCUAAUGUCUCUGUGUAUUGAUGUGACAUUCACAGUUUCACUGUCUCUGUCGUGAGCGUCUUGAAUGUGUGUUUGAUACUCCUGACUCAUCCACGGAGGAAUGCUCACACACCCAACUCUUUCUCUCUCACACGCACACACCCACUAUUUCCCUUGUCAGCACCCACUAAACUCGUCUCACAAAGCCCAUUCCUCCAUUUCUCCCUUUAAGAUCUACAGCAAGUCGAGUACUAAAAACGUCUGAACUAAAGAUAUUUCGCCCGCUAACCAAGACAAAGAGUUUGAAAAAUACAAUUUCUCAAUUCAGCCCCAUGAUAUGAGUCAAAAUACCAAGGAACAGCCUUUAUUUUCUUCUCAGUCUUCUUAGAUAUUGCGCCUAGGGAAGGGCUCAGCUUAAAACGAUCAAUAUAAUAUUUUUUCCUUAACAUAAUUCACUUUGAUUUGAUUAAUUUAACGUUAUUCUAUAUGAUUUAACCAUUUGCCGUAUGAACAGAAUAUUUUGUUAAGAGUCAUUGUGGAUCUUAAUUUCCCCAGUGUGUAUCAUCAGCCUGUGUUCAUUUUAAUGUACAACACACACACAUCCAUUUUACUCACCAAGCGUGUUGCCUGUUUGUGUCCUCCCCCACCCCAAAACCCACCCACCCCUCCCAAACCCACCUCAUUAUUUCAACAGUCUAAUCGUAUUAUUUAAUUUUGUGCCAAGUGUUUUUGCAUGCAUCCCCAUAAUGCAGCUCUUUAUUUUCUGCAUUUUUAUUUUUUUAUUUUAUGCUUUCCUUCCUUUUUUUUUCGCCCUGUAGCUAAACUCAGGCUUCCCAUGCAUGAGGGUGGCGCUAACACUCAUAGCAGGACAGUGGCUGAGGCCCGGCUGCAAAAGUGCAUAAGGAGAGCGCGGGGCCUGCAGCAGCGCAUGCAACAGCAGCAGCAGGAAGACAGACCCCAGCAACAGGAUCAGGAGCAGACAGAGGAGCAGGAUCAGCCCUGUCCCUCUCCCCAGGGCCCCCCCAGGUACCAGCACUGUCUCCUGUCUGUGUCCUGUGACUCCCGUCCCCCACCUGACCUCACCUGUUCAGCCCACACCCGUGGCUGAGCUCCUCAUGUGGCUCUGGAAUGAGUGGAACAAGGGAUCACACAGUCCUGGUUUAUUCUUUAACAUGCUAAAUGCUUUGCAGGUAGUAUAGGAAAAACACCAUUGAUUUGUACGUAGAAGGUGUGCUCAAUGUGCAUACAAACAAAGUGAGAAAUGCUGUUUUAUUUUAUUUAACCUAGGUUCUUUACGGUAGGCCUAUGUAUUUGGAGUUUUAACAGUGUGCUAAUCUGAUUCCUACUUCUAAUCAUUAAUACAACAUCAUUUUUUCCUAACACACAAUUUUACCCUUGUGUUUGAAGAUUUUCAAAUAUUUGCAAUGCCACCUCUUAUUCAGUGAAAGUGUAGCUAGUGCUUCUAUGUUGUUUGGAGGGUUGUGUGUGGGUGUUUACUGUUUAGUUAUUGUGGAGGUUGCUGUGAGGCCAGGUCCUAGGGGGUCCACAGACACGAGUGCCUCUCCCAGGGGUCCAGUUCUGAGCCACCCCCGCCAUCCCCUUGGCUCACCUGUGCCAAAGCUCUAAAGAGUCCAUCUGUUACAGAAACAUCACACACACACACACACACACACACACACACACCCCACACACACACUAAAGUUUUAGACCUAGAAAAUGUGUAAGGUAUACAGUCGUGGUCAAAAGUUUUGAGAAUUUCAUUUACGUCAUUUAGCAGACACUCUUAUCCAGAGCGACUUACAGUUAGUGAGUGCAUACAUAACUUUUUUUUAUUUUCAUACUGGCCCCCCGUGGGAAUCGAACCCACAACCCUGGCGUUGCAAACACCAUGCUCUACCAACUGAGCUACAUCCCUGCCGGCCAUUCCCUCCCCUACCCUGGCUAUGACAGAGCCUGGAUUUGAACCAGGAUCUCUAGUGGCACAGCUAGCACUGCGAUGCAGUGCCUUAGACCACUGCGCCACUCGGGAGUCAUGACACAAGUAUUGGCCUUCACAAAGUUCGCUGCUUCAGUGUUAUGAGAUAUGUUUGUCAGAUGUUACUAUGGUAUGCUGAAGUAUAAUUACAAGCAUUCCAUAAGUGUCAAAGGCUUUUAUUGACAAUUACAUUAAGUUUAUGCAAAGAGUCAAUAUUUGCAGUGAUGACCCUUCUUUUUCAAGACCUCUGCAAUCCGCCCUGGCAUGCUGUCAAUUAACUUCUGGGCCACAUCCUGACUGAUGGCCGCCCAUUCUUGCAUAAUCAAUGCUUGGAUUUUUUUUUUUUUGUCCACCCGCCUCUUGAGGAUUGACCACAAGUUCUCAAUGGGAUUAAGGUCUGGGGAGUUUCCUGGCCAUGGACCGAACAUUUCAAUGUUUUGUUCCCUGAGCCACUUAGUUAUCACUUUUGCCUUAUGGCGAGGUGCUCCAUCAUGCUGGAAAAGGCAUUGGUCGUCACCAAACUGUUCUUGGAUGAUUGGGAGAAGUUGCUCUCGGAGGAUGUGUUGGUACCAUUCUUUAUUCAUGGCUGUGUUCUUAGGCAAAAUUGUGAGUGAGCCCACUUCCUUGGCUGAGAAGCAACCCCACACAUGAAUGGUCUCAGGAUGCUUUACUUCUCCGGACAAGGUGUUUUCCGGAUGCCCCAAACAAUCGGAAAGGGGAUUCAUCAGAGAAAAUGACUUUACCCCAGUCCUCAGCAGUUCAAUCUCUGUACCUUUUGCAGAAUAUAAGUCUGUCCCUGAUGUUUUUCCUGGAGAGAAGUGGCAUCUUUGCUGCCCUUCUUGACACCAGGCCAUCCUCCAAAAGUCUUCGCCUCACUGUGCGUGCAGAUGCACUCACAUCUGCCUGCUGCUAUUCCUGUGCAAGCUCUGCACUGGUGGUGCCCCGAUCCCGCAGCUGAAUCAACUUUAGGAGACGGUCCUGGCGCUUGCUGGACUUUCCUGGGCGCCCGGACGCCUUCUUCACAACAAUUGAACCUUUCUCCUUGAAGUUCUUGAUGAUCCGAUAAAUGGUUGAUUUAAGUACAAUCUUACUGCAGCAAUAUCCUUGCCUGUGAAGCCCUUUUUGUGCAAAGCAAUGAUGAUGGCACGUGUUUCCUUGCAGGUAACCAUGGUUAACAGAGGAAGAACAAUGAUUUCAAGCACCACCCUCCUUUUAAAGCUUCCAGUCUGUUAUUCUAACUCAAUCAGCAUGACAGAGUGAUCUCCAGCCUUGUCCUCGUCAACACUCUCACCUGUGUUAACGAGAGAAUCACUCUGCUGGUCCUUUUGUGGCAGGGCUGAGAUGCAGUGGAAAUGUUUUUGGGGGAUUAAGUUCAUUUUCAUGGCAAAGAGGGACUUUGCAAUUAAUUGCAAUUCAUCUGAUCACUCUUCAUGACAUUCUGGAGUAUAUGCAAAUUGCCAUCAUCAAAACUGAGGCAGCAGACUUUGUGAAAAUUAGUAUUUGUGUCAUUCUCAAAACUUUUGACCACGACUGUACAUAUUAGUAUAUAGUAAUUUUUUGUAUACAAUACAAAAUCCUCCUCUGUUUCAGAGCACAGGCAUGUGAGAGAUGCCUGGCCAUGAUUCACUAACCAGCCCAUAACAUGAGCCUCUUUCCUCUUCCUUCCUAGUGAACAGCCUGUCCCAAUCCAAAUACUGUUGACAGACGCCCAGGAGGAAGCAGUCCCGGAAGCCACCAGAAACACACCUUCUCCUCUUCACAUUAAGCCCCUCCCCUCCAGUACAAACUCACUCCCUGAGCCCCUGAGCCACUCCCCUGUCGCUAUGCCCCCGAGCCCUCACACAGGGUCACCCGCAGGGGGGUCCGUAGCGGAGGCGAGGGGGCGCUGGGAAGGACUGGAGAUGUCAGGCGUGCUAGAUAACUCCUGCCCUCAUGUGAGACCCUUCCACAAGCACGCUGCCGUGUCCCUGCCUGCCCUGUGUGUGGACGGCUGGGACGAGAGCCUUACUGAGGGAGGCCAUGACCAGACCCCAGCCCUGCCCAACCACCAGCCAGCUGCACCCUCACACUGGAACAGUAACCCCCCCGCCCAGACUCUGCCCACCCUUCGCCCGCACUCCAGGACACCCUCCCAAGUCAGCCACACCUCAGAGGAAAGGGGCGACGCCAACAUGGAGGAUGCCUACCCCAGACCGCCAGCCUUGGGCCACUCUCAGCCUCCUCCAGCCCAUCAGAACCACAGCUCCCCUAUCCCUAUCUCCUCCAACACCUCCAGGCUCGGCCCUCCUCCUCCCCCUCCCACCCGUAACUGGUCCUGCUGGAGCCAGGACCAGCCGGCUGCCAUCGACUCCCCAUUCUACGCCCCUCCCACAGACUCCCACUGUCCCCCAUCCGCCCCCAUCAGACCAGGGCGGAGCCCUUCCCCAGCAUCUGGGAACUACAGGCCAGGUGCCGCCAUGCCAGUGGAGCGCUGGGCAGAGAAUGUGACCCGCUACUACAACUCCCAGGCUGCCCCUGUGGUGGGGUCGCCCUGUGAGGAGCUGUCGGAGCUGGACUCUCUGUACCAGGCGAGCCUGCAGGCCCCCAGCCUGCCCCGGGCCCCACGCGGAGUCAGCCCCCAGCCCACUGCCAACAAGCAACGUAAGUAUACUCACUGAUCAGUGAUGUAUAUUACAACUGUAAAACAAAAAGCAAUUUUUUUUUAGAGAUGAUGAGUGAGAAAAUGUAAGUGGGAGAGAGCUGUCCAUGACUAAUACUGUGUAUCUGUGUUUUAUCUGCAGCGGCUAGGAAGAUGUUGUCUGGGCUGGCUGCAUCUGGCCGCUCCAAGACUCCCACAGCCGAGUUAGAGAGACAUGCCUACAGAACGCCAGGCUACACCAGCAGCCCUACACAACACCCCAAUGCCGGCAUCCACAAGGUGUGUGUGCGUGCAUGUGUUCGUUGUCCUACAUGUGGCUGAUUGUGAGUUUCAGGGCUGUGUGUGCUGAGGCAUGUUCGAAGCUGUGUGUAGUGAUGUGUGUUGAGGCUGAUGAUUUGGUGCAGAUGUGUGAAGUUUGUAUCUGAGUGAUGUGUGUGGGUCAGUCCCUAUGUCUGUACAUGCAUGUAUUUGUGCAGGGCUUGACAUUCAGGUAAAUUUGCCAGUGGCACACCGGGUGGCUUUUCAAAGUUACUGGCCACAACAUUGUAACCACUGGCCCAUAUUGUAUUGGUGGUGUGGUGCAGCAUAACAAACAUGCAUAUUCAUAACUGUUUUGAUUGGAUGCUAGGCUCUGAUUAUUAUGAAUGGUCAGACUGCAGUCUUGUUUUGUAAAGGGAGGACCUCGACUCAUCAUGAUGACCUGUGAUAACUGAAAAAAAGACACGGAUACAAAAUUUUGUUAUAAAUAAUCAUUUUAUGAAAAGCAUUUCAUUGUAUGAAUUUGAUUGCCUCAUCCCCCCAUGUUUCAUUUCCUCCCCCCAUUCAUCUCAAACUCCUCAAGCUCUCUCUCUCCAGAGCCUCUUCUGUUGGCUGGUUCUGUCUUCCUCUCCAAGCAGUGAACCCCCACCACUUCAAAACAGCUUGCUCUGCGUUGAAUUCAUCAAGGUCUGGUCCCUCAAUUGUGAUGAACAUGAGGUGGCUGAGCUGAGUUGUCGCCAGAGAGGACCUCCAGUCGGUUUCGAUACGUUACAUGCAGGAGAAUCCCCUUUCGCAGACAGCUGUGCUGAUGGCCAUUGCGAGAUAGAUAUCCACCAGGAUGCCCAGGCACCUAAAUCUCUUCUUCAA